AUUUGCAUUUCGGGCGGGACCCGCCCCGCCGGUUCCCGCGCGGCCAUGGCGCUGGUGCCGGUGAAGCGGCGGCGGGCGGCGGCAGCGAGCCCGGUGCCCCCGGUAGCGGCGGAGGAGGAGGAGGCGGCGCCGGGCCGCUUCCCCGGCGUGGUGCUGUGCCUGGUGGAGCGGCGGCUCGGGGCCCGCCGGUGGGCGCUGCUGGCCGGGCGGGCGCGGGCCGCCGGUUUCUGCCUGCACGGCCCCGGCAGCGCGGCGGUGACGCACGUGGUGGCGGAGCAGUGCUCGGCGGGCGAGGCGCUGGCCUGGCUGGCCCGGCGGCGGGGCAGCGGGGCCGGCGCCCGAACCGAGCCCAGUACCGGGCCCCGAGCCGAGCCCGGUCCCGGCCCGGUCCUGCUCGACCUCAGCUGGCUCCUGGAGAGCCUCGACGCCGGGAAGCCGCUGGACAUCGAGCCGCGGCACCGGCUCCCGGUGACACCGAGCGAGGAGCCCAGCACCGCGGUGCCAGCGUACGGGUGCCAGCGCCGGACCCCGCUGGCCCACCACAACACCGUGCUGACGGAGGCCCUGGAGACGCUGGCGCGGGCGGCGGCGUUCGACGGCGACCAGAGGCGCAGCUUGGCCUUCACCCGGGCCGCUUCGGCCCUCAAGGCUCUGCCCCGGCGCCUCGGCGGUGUCCGGGAGCUGCCGGCACUGCCUGGUGUUGGGGAGCACUGCCGGAGGGUCAUCCAGGAGGUG